AAACAAAAUGGCGGAUGGUGGGCAUUCAUUCGUGAAGAAGACAUUUCAUAAGCCAACAUACUGUCACCACUGCUCGGAUCUCCUCUGGGGCCUCAUCCAGCAGGGAUAUAUCUGCGAAGUUUGCAACUUUAUCAUUCACGAACGAUGUGUCAGCAGCGUGGUAACGCCCUGUUCCGGCAUCGCUCCAUGUAUUAUAAAGAAUCCCGUUGCCCAUUGUUGGUCCGAGCCAACUCAUCACAAGAGAAAAUUCUGCACAGUCUGCCGUAAGCGAUUGGAUGAAACGCCAGCGGUGCAUUGUUUAGUCUGCGAAUAUUUCGCGCAUAUUGAGUGCCAAGAUUUUGCCGUGCCCGAUUGCACCGAGAAUGCCACGUAUGUGCCGGGCAAGGAGCUGCUUAAUGUGAAGCAUCAGCAUCACUGGCGAGAGGGCAAUCUUCCAUCAACGUCCAAAUGCGCUUACUGCAAGAAAACCUGUUGGUCCUCGGAAUGUCUCACUGGCUAUCGCUGCGAGUGGUGUGGCAUGACGACCCAUGCCGGAUGUCGCGUGUACCUGCCAACCGAAUGUAAUUUUGGUAUUCUACAACCUAUCUACUUACCUCCGCACUCAGUCUCGAUUCCGCGCACCGAGGUGCCCAUCGAGGCCAUUAUCGGCGUCCAGGUCAAAUCGAAGACUACGCUCGUGCGCGACUACUCGUGUCCCAGUCCGGAUUUGAGCUGCCCGAUUGGGGGAUCAGCAUCAGGAUCUGGUCUGGGAUCCCUGGCGGGUCUUAACCUGAAGGAGCUGCUCGAGCUCCACAGGCAAAGGCUCGAGCAAUCGAAACAACAUUUUCUCCUUUCCACGCCGCCCACGCCCACCUCCUGUGGCUCCAUCUCGCUCUGCCACUCGCCCACGCCCUCCUCGCUGACAGUCGGUGAGACGAGCAACGAGCAGGAUCAGGAUGCUCCGGAGGAUGAGCCCGAGGAGGAGAACACGGAGCAGGACAGCGCCCUGCAGCUGACCACCACCACCUCCACGUCGAAUGUGAUGGGCAAUCUGCAAAAGUCGCCGUCGGCCAACUCCUCGCUGCACCUGCUCUACACGAAUCUCUUCAGGAAGUUGGGUCAGGGCAAGAGGAGGCGGAAAAGGGGCUCCUCGGGUGGCGGAAUCUCGCCCAGCGAGGACGAGGACGAUGUGGACGGCGGUGUCUGUGAUAUAAGCGGUGGCGAUCUGAGCGAUGACUAUGACCACUGUGACGUCGCCCUGCGCCGGCGAUCCCUGCGCAGUCGGCAGCCGCGGGAUGUCAGCGAGACGGACUAUCACGGGGAUGCCGAGGCGGAGGUGGAUGGCGAAACGGCGCCCCGGGAGAGCUGCUACGAAACCUCGGACACUGGCGGCGAACUCACCAACACCGAUGACCUCGACAGCAGCCUCAAUUUGAUUAGCAACCUUAGCUAUAAUAGUAGUAAUAACAGCAAUGCCUCAGGAAGAGGAGGUGCCACCACCACUGCCCCGGUUAAAUCCGGUCCCGCCUUAAGCGUCCAGCAAGCCAGCAAGACUGGGGCCCUGGCCCAAACCCACAACCAAAGCCAAAUCAAGCCCAAACCCAAGCACAUACUCAUGCCCAAGCACAAGGGGCAGCAGGGCAGCAAGGGUGGAUCCCUGAGCUCCCCGCUUUCGAACUCCAACUCCAGUGACUGCUCCUCGGCCUCGCCCUCCGCCCCUGCGACGCUGCUGCAGCUGUCGCCGGUGGGCAGGAGCAAGUCCUUCCAGGAGUCGGCGGCCAUAACGGCCGUUUCGCGGUACAAGAAGUACGGAAGAGGUCUCUUCCAGCGCAGACGCUCGAAGAGAUCGCCCAAGAAUGUAGCAGCGGGAGCAGCGGCGGCUGGGAAGAGCAACUACAGCUUGGACAGGUUGUCGCAGAACAUCGAGAUCACCAUCCAGGAUGAGGAUGGUAAUUAUCAGCCCUACGAUGACAACUACCAUAUGCUCGGGCGCCAUCGACUGGACGCCACCGAUGUGGACGACGAUGUGGGCUUCGAGGAUCUCUACGGCGGCGGCAGUGAUGAUCUGGCCGCCUUUGCCGGCGACAUCAGCGAUGGAGGGGCCAGCAGUCGUUCGAGGGCCAGCGAUGCCAGCGAUGGCCAUGUCCUCGGCAGACUGCUCCGCCAGGUGCGGCAGGGCCUCUCCGUCGGCUGGCGCAAGCCGCGCUACCAGAAGCGCAGAGCACGCAGCAUAUCCGAGGAGUUCAGCAGCGGCGACACACCCCGUUUCAAGGACGAUGAGUCGGCCAGCAAGACCGAAUCAGGACAUGGACCCACCAGCAGUGGUGGUGGUGCUGGAGGCAGCGGUGCAGGAGGCUCAUCCGCGGCUGGUGCCUCGGCAUCGGCAGCGGGUGGCUCAUCGGGACACUAUAGGCCCGAUUCCGGUUCCGGCCACAAGUCGGAUAAGUCGGAGAAGGAUCGCGAGAAGAAGGAGAAGGAGCGCGAGGAAAAGGAUAUAGAGAUGAUCAAGGUGUUCGAUGGCAACAACUCAUUCCGACGCCAGCAGUACCGGGUGAUCAUCGUGCAGCGCACCUAUACUUUGGAGCAGCUGCUGACCACCGCCCUGCGGGCAUUCCACAUUACGCGCGACCCGCAGGCCUUCUACCUGACCGACUUGUACGCCCCGGCCGGCAUGGAGGACACACCCAUGCUGGAUCCCACGCCCGUGCUCAGCCUGACCCAUCUGGAGGGCAAGAGGCCGGCCAUUUACCUACGGUUCCACGACCGCGAUCGCGGCCAUGUGCGCGUCUAUCCCGGCAAGCUGCAGUGCUCGAUGCUGGAGGAUCCCUAUGUCAGUGUUCCUGUAGAUAAUAGCACAGUUAUUAAGGAUUUGAUACGCGACGCUUUGGAUAAGUUUGGUCUGCAGGAUAACCAGAUACAGGACUACAGGUGCUCGGAAGUGCUGCUCGAUCGCGGCGUCACCGAACGCAUCUUGUCGUGGAACGAAAGGCCCUGGGAUAUUAUGAAGCAGCUGGGCAAGGACUCGAUUCGCCAAAUGGAGCUCAUGCGGUUCUACAUGCAGCACAAGCAGGAUCCACAUGGUCCCAAUAUUGCCCUGUUUGUGGGCAAUCUGCCCACGGGUCUCUCGCAGCGAAACUACGAGCAGAUCCUCAACAAGUACGUAACGGACGAGAACAAGUUCAUCAGCAUUGGACCCAUCUACUACGAGUAUGGCUCCGUGGUGCUCACCUUCGAGGACUCCAUGAAGGCGGUUCGCGCCUUCUACAAUCUACGCGAGACGAUCAUCGAGGACAAGAAGCUGCUGGUUUUGCUCCUGCCGAACAUUGAGCCCAGCAUGGUGCCCUCGGAUGUGAGGCCACUGCUGGUCUUCGUCAAUGUCAAAUCCGGUGGCUGUCAGGGAUUGGAGCUGAUCUCCAGCUUCAGAAAACUCCUGAAUCCCUACCAGGUCUUCGAUCUGGACAAUGGCGGUCCUCUACCAGGGUAUGUCUUAUUAUCAAGGAUAUUUAUCUGUUCCUAACUAAUCUAUUAUACCUUGCUUAGCUUGUAUGUUUUCCGACAAAUAACCAACUAUAAGAUCUUGGUUUGCGGCGGUGAUGGCACCAUUGGUUGGGUGCUGCAGUGCCUGGACAAUGUGGGCCAGGACUCGGAGUGCUCCAGCCCACCUUGCGCCAUAGUUCCCCUGGGAACUGGCAACGAUUUGGCUCGCGUUUUGUGCUGGGGCUCCGGUUACACCGGCGGUGAGGAUCCGCUCAAUCUGCUGCGCGACGUCAUCGAGGCGGAGGAGAUUCGGCUCGACCGCUGGACGGUUGUCUUCCAUCCGGAGGACAAGCCGGAGGAGCCGGCCAUGAAGGCGCCCUCGCAAACAACCGGUGGAGCCCAAAACGAGGAUAACUCUCAGAUCUUCGUGAUGAACAACUAUUUUGGCAUUGGCAUCGAUGCCGAUCUCUGUCUGGACUUCCACAAUGCGCGUGAGGAGAAUCCCAAUCAGUUCAACUCGCGGCUGCGCAACAAGGGCUACUACGUGAAGAUGGGCCUGCGCAAGAUCGUGGGUCGCAAGGCUGUCAAGGAUCUGCAGAAGGAGCUGCGCCUGGAGGUCGAUGGCAAGAUUGUCGAUUUGCCACCCGUCGAUGGGAUAAUCAUCUUGAAUAUUUUGAGCUGGGGCAGCGGUGCCAAUCCCUGGGGUCCUGACAAGGACGACCAGUUCUCCACGCCCAAUCACUACGAUGGAAUGCUGGAGGUGGUCGGCGUCACUGGCGUGGUUCACUUGGGUCAAAUCCAAUCCGGAAUUCGUACAGCUAUGCGUAUAGCUCAGGGCGGUCAUAUCAAGAUACACUUGAAUACCGAUAUGCCCGUGCAGGUGGAUGGUGAACCCUGGAUCCAGAGUCCCGGCGAUGUGGUCGUUCUCAAGUCGGCCCUUAAGGCCACCAUGCUGAAGAAAACGAAGAGUAAGCGCCGCCUCACGGAGCCGCAUAUUUCGCCGGCGGUUCUGAGUCUUUCGGUGGCUCAACAGGGAUCCUUAUCGCAAUCGGGAUCCCCGCAGUCCCAGUCGCAACAGCAACUGCAACAGCAGCAGCAACAACAGCAGCAACAGCUGGCCGAGAAUGGGGAGAAGGAGAAGGAGGCUUCGAUGGCUCCACCUGCCGGCUUUGGCAGCACCUAGAGCUUGGCUACCGGCCUGCGAUAUUGGUUCUCCUGUUUCAAUCCAUAAACAAACCAGAUAGCCAAAUAGCCAGAUAAUCCUAGAUAACCCUAUAUAACCCACAUAACAGAUCAAAUCAGAUCAGAUCAGCAGAGAUAAAGGCCAAAUUGUAAUCGCAAAUCGAAUAUUUAAACAAGAGCAAAACUCCAAUGCGCAAGCAAAUAAAACUUAAUCUUCCAGAAGCGAGAGAAAUAGCAUUAACAAAAGUCAAAAAAUAAGAAAAAAGAAAGUAAAAAGUAAAAACUAAACAAAAAUAGCUGUAAAUAAAAGUAAAAGUGCUGGCAAGCUCUAGAUACUUUGAACCACCACCCAAGAACACCAAGAACACCACCCACCAACCAAAUAACCACCCACUGCACCAGAAGAACUGUGACCACCGCUAUUGAACUUGAACUUAGCCAACUGAAGCCACCACUAUCCACCUCAGUACACCAAAAACACCAAUUACACCACACACCACAGCGCCUAGAAGUUGUCUACAAUAUUUUCUUAAUAAUUUUUAUGCGAUAAUUUGAUUUGAUUUUCCGCCUUGGAGGUUCAAAUUUGAAUAAAUUUGAUUCCAUUUCCGUUUCCGUUUCUGUUCCGUUUUCAAAUGCAAGCUUUCUCGUAAUCCAUCCAUUCAGUAAUCGAAAUAUGUAUAACCGACAAAACCAUUUAGUUGAUUGAGUUCCGUUGCAUUUUGCCUGAUUUCUCAGCUAGCUUUUUUGAAGCACUUAUAACAAACUCAAUCUAAGCUAAGGCAAACGAAAUUGAUUUCCUUUACGUUAACGCUCUAUUUUCUUACUCUCUUUUUCUCUCCAAUGAAAAAAAAAAACACACGAAAAUCACACGAAUACAAAUGAAACAACUCUGUGAAAACGAACAUUUUAAUCUAACUAAUGCACUGGACGCUUUGCCUCUUUCCCUAAUAUCUCUCUAAAUAAUAUGGUUAAAAAUCCGAAAUUAUCAAUGUUGAACGCAGGCCACCAUGUUGAAAAAGAACAAGCUGAAAAUGAAACGGCGGAACACGGAACCCACCAUGAUGGUGGCCGGCUCGG